GGGUAAUUAACCAAGUGUCCAAGCUUAGUGACCUGUUCUUCUUUAUAUAUACUGCAUUUCUUCUUAUAGCACAUACGACACUCACAUCUUUAGCUUUCCUUCUUCCAUUUCAAGAGAAGAGUGAUCUAUUACAGCAUCAAUAAUGGAGGACAAAAAUUGUUCACGUGGCCGAUAUCUUCGAAUUAUAAUAACACUAUUCUUCUUCUUGCUCAGUACUUCACAGUUCACCAUGGCUGGUACUCAUGUCAAGUAUCUUCCUGGAUUUGAUGGACCACUUCCUUUUCACCUUGAAACUGGGUAUAUAGGAAUUGGCCAGUCAGAAGAAGUGCAACUAUUCUACUAUUUUAUAAAAUCAGAGUCAGAUCCGCAAGUUGACCCUCUUGUUCUUUGGCUCGUCGGAGGCCCUGGCUGCUCUGGAUUGUAUGCAAUUGCCAAUGAAAUUGGACCUGUACGUCUUGACAGCAGAGAGUACAAUGGAAGCUUGCCAACUCUCUCCUACAAUCAAUAUGCAUACACGAAGGUGGCAAAUAUUAUAUUUAUUGAUUCACCUGUGGGAACUGGAUUCUCCUAUUCACAAACUAAAAAUGGAAGACAUACAGACACUCACUUAGCAGCUGAACAAGCUUACCAAUUUCUUCGAAAGUGGUUGGUUGAAAAUCCCCAAUACCAAUCAAAUCCAUUUUACGUAGGAGGAGACUCAUAUGGUGGAAUUUUUGUGCCAAUUACCACUCGAGUGAUAUCAGAUGGUAUUGAGGCAGGACUAGAGCCACGGGUGAAUCUCAAGGGUUACUUCCUUGGAAAUCCGCUGACAUUUAUCUACGGCGAAGACAACUACAAGAUUUCUUUUGCACAUGGAAUGUCUCUCAUAUCUGACGAACUCUAUGAGUCACUGGAAAGAUAUUGCGGAGGAGAAUAUCAAGAAAUAGAUCCCAAAAACACACUUUGCUUGCAGCAUGUUCAUGCUUUUAAUAAGUUGUUGACGGGUAUAUAUGAAUUCCAUGUUUUAGAGCCUGUUUGUGAUUCCAUCUCGACAGAAGUGCGUAAACAUUCUAGUCAAAGAAGAUCCCUCGAUGAGAAGUUUGAAAAGUUCAAGAGUCCAAUCACACUCCCAGGAAUGAAAUGUCGAGCUCAUUGGUGGCACCUUUCUGAAAAAUGGGUUAACGACGAUGCUGUUCAAGAGGCCCUUCGUGUUCGAAAGGGAACUAUUGGAAUAUGGGAGUACUGCAACAAUAAUUUACCUUUCACAAGAAGUAUCAACAACACUAUACCAUAUCAUGCAUAUCUAAGUACGAAAGGUUACAGAUCUCUUAUUUACAGUGGUGACCAUGACUUAGCUGUGCCAUUUCAAUCAACUCAAGCAUGGAUAAAGUCUUUGAACUACUCCAUCAUUGAGGACUGGAGGCCAUGGACAUUUGGUGGUCAAAUUGCAGGGUAUACAAAAACUUAUUCAAAUAGAAUGACAUAUGCUACGGUGAAGGGAUCAGGUCAUACUGCUCCAGAAUGGAAUCCUGCUGAAUGCUUGACUAUGUUGAGACGUUGGUUUUAUUAUAAACCUUUGUAAUCAAAUUUGAUUUUUAUUUUCUCAUCUCAUGUCAUUCAGAGAUAUAUUUGUAGACAAUAAAAUUCAUGUCGAGAAUAAUAAUUAAGACAAAAGUAUCACAUUAAUAGUAGUACUUGAAUUUACAAA